AUGGCGCUGCGAAAGCUCCAAGCGGAGAUUGACCGCACCAUCAAGCUCAUCACGCAGGGAAACGACCUGUUCGAUGAGACCUUUGAGAAGCUGGAUCAUGCCACAAAUGUGACCCAGAAGGACAAGCUUGAGAAUGACCUCAAGUCGCAGAUCAAGAAGCUCCAACGCAUGCGCGAUCAGGUCAAGGUGUGGCUUGGCAACAGCGACAUCAAGGACAAGAACCCCUUGUUGGAAGCAAGGAAGUCCAUUGAAAGUCGAAUGGAAAGAUUCAAAGCGCUGGAAAAGGAGUUGAAGAUGAAGGCCUUCUCCAAAGAAGGCCUCAUUGCAGCCGCUCGCCUCGACCCUGCUGAAAAGGCAAGGCGAGAGAUGAUCGACUGGAUUGGCAGCACAACCGAGGAGCUCGCGCGCCAGAUCGAGCAGACUGAGGCCGAGGCCGAGACUCUGCAAGCGACCGGCAGGAAAAAGAAGUCGGGCGGCGACCGCCUGGCUGAGCUCGACCAGCUCAACGAGCGUCGGCAAUGGCACAUUGGACGCCUCGAGAUUGUGCAGCGCAUGUUUGAGAACGGCCAGCUGUCCAUGGAGCGCGUCGAGUCGAUCCAGGAAGACGUCAAGUACUUUGUCGAGGCCAACACGGAGGAGGACUUUGACUAUGACACUGGCAUCUACGACGAGCUCAACCUGCAAGACGUCGAGGAUGAGUAUGUUGGUGACUUUGCCGCCCACGCCGAGGACUCGUCUACCAUCGACUCGGCAUCCAUUGCCGACAUCCAAGAGACCAAGACGCCGACCAAGGAGGACAAGAAGUCCAAGUCUUCCGUCCAUGGUGACGACCAACCACCAAGUCCCGUGCAGUCCAAGCGCGGAAAGAAGGCCAAGGAGGAGAAGGCUGAGGCCAAGGCUGCCGCAAAGGCUGCCGAGGCCGCUGCAGCUGCUGCUGCCGCUGUGGCAGCUGCCGCCAUCGCUACGCCUCCCACACCGGCCAAGCCCGCUCCCUUGCCGCCGAUCCGGUAUGCCGCCGCUGCCGCCGCUGCUGUUGGUGGACCCAACCCUCCUCCUUCGGCUCCCUCAGAGUCUUCGCCUAGUGCUCCAAAGCGUGAGGCCACCCCUCAACCCGAGGACGACCUUGAGCUCGAGUCUGAAGCCCACGACGAGUCUUCCAGCGGUGCUCCUGACGUGUCAUCCCAGACCAACGGUCACGGCCCUCAUCUGUCGCUCGGCCCCUCUGCGUCGCCAUCGCCCGUGCCUCAAGACCCUCAUGGUGCCAAUGGCGGUGCCGACCAGCUGUACGCCCAUGCCGAGUCGUCUCGCGCGGCUGCCGGCUACUCGUCCAGCCCCCGCAAGGAGGGUGUCCUCGAGAACCUCAUGCAGAGCUUUGGUGUUGCCAAGGACAUGGCUGAGCGCCGUGCCAACGACCCCAACGAGCUUGCCUCUUCCUGGACGUUUCCUAUCACAACGCACCGUCGCAACCCACGGUAUUACCACCCUGCGAACCCGAUCCAGACGCCUUCGUACUACCCGCAGACCAGGCUGCCACUGCUCGAGGACAAGAACAUUUACCAGCGUCUCGAGCUCGACCAGCUGUUCUACAUCUUCUACUACAUGACGGGAACAUACGAACAGUGGCUCGCUGCCCAGGAACUCAAGCGUCAAUCGUGGCGUUUCCACAAGCAGUACCUCACAUGGUUCCAGCGUGCACACAACCCUCAGGCUAUCACUGAGGACUAUGAGCAGGGCGGGUACUACUACUUCGACUGGGAGAACUCUUGGUGCCAGCGCCGUAAAAGUGACUUCCGUUUCGAGUACCGAUAG